AUGGGCAAACUCACAUCAACAAUCGGCAUUCCGAUUAAGCUAUUGAACGAAGCGCAAGGACAUGUUGUGACACUCGAGCUCACCUCCGGACAAGUCUACCGUGGCAAGCUUCUCGAAGCUGAGGACAACAUGAACGUCCAACUGAAAGACAUCACAGCGACAGCACGAGAUGGCCGAGUGUCUCAUCUCGACCAGGUCUACAUCCGCGGCAGCCAUGUUCGCUUCAUUAUCGUUCCAGAUAUGCUACGGAAUGCGCCCAUGUUCCGGAGCCGUGGCACCAGAGGUCGUGGUGUUGGUCUCGCAAGAGGCAGAGCAACCGUCAUCAGAGCGAGGGCUGGAAGAAGAGGUUGA